UGUAAGUGUAGUUUCAGUCAGUGUUCCACACAUCUCUCAGCUAUGAUGAAGCCAAUUGUCUGUCUUCCUUUCUGCGUGGCGUUGUUCCUGCUCUGUAUCACUACAGUAACAAGUAAGCCUUCUUCAAACUGCUGUUUGAAGACAAGCAACAAGAAAAUCCAUAAAACCAAAGUGUUGGAUUAUACCAUUCAGAGAGCAGGACUUUGCCACAUCAGCGCUAUUGUCUUGUUUACUGAAAAGAGGAAAGAAAGAUGUUACGAUCUAGACUACGAUCCAGACUGGAUCAGAAAGGUUAAAGCAUUCGUGAACCGGAGAAAAAUGCAGCUGAAUAAAAAACCCUGAUCCAAAAGGCUUGCAGUGCCAAAAGAACAGAAACAAAGGAUGGAAGGAAUUCAGACAGGGGAAACAAAAAUGACAGAAAUAACACAUGUUGUGAUGUAUUGUUUAGUCUAUGCUUACUGACUAGAUUUUAUAUCUUAUAAUAGACCUAAAGUGUAUUAUGUAAUAAUUUUAAUACAUAAUAAAUAAUACAAAUAAUAUUUUCAUCCCUAAAUAUAUUAAAUACAAAUAUAUGCUUCUAGUGACUGUUUAAAGCAAAAUAUUGCCUUUGUCUCACUUCAGCUCAAAAUGAAUGUAUUCUGCUUUACAUGCUUAUAUAUCAUAUGUUUACCAGUGCAGAAUUAUGGACCGCAAUACUGUAUAUGAAAAGACGAUAUGUAACGACAGAACUUUAAUUUCUGUAAUGUUUUUUAUAUGUAUGAAAAAAUAAUCAAAGAUAAAAUAAAGAACAAGCAAACAAAGAAAUUACAAACAGUACAUUUUGCAGAAUCAUAUGAAAUGCAUUUGUAAUGAUAUAGAGCAAAUGAUUACACCACAAAGCCACCUUGUUUCAGUUCUGUUUCAAGAACACUAGUGAUAAGUUAUU